AUGAAUCAAAGUCCAACCAAAUUUGACACUCCAACAAAAAUGCAAUCUAAAAUAGAUCUGAAGAUGAGAAAAAGUGGAGUACCUAUAGCUCUUAAGAGAUCCCCUUAAUUUCAACUUUUUGAUUGCUUCAUGUUGACAUAUUUUCAUCUUCCAUCUUUUGCGGAGUAAAUUUUACAGUACGAUGAUUCCAUUAUAAGUGAAGAAGGUGUGACUUUGCUAUUGCAAAAGUUAUUUGUGUAAUUGAUAUAUUGCAAGAAAAAGGACACAUCAGCUUAAGAGGUUUAUUAAUUUAUGAAGGAUGAUUAUAAUACUAGAUUUAAAAGUGUUGAAGAGUUUUUAGUGAGAUUCUUCGAGAAAGUUGAUGAAUCAAUUUCAAAAUACAGAACCAUGCUUAAUUAAUUGGUGGAAGAGCAUCCAAUUAGAGAAUUGUUUAUUGGUAAAUUCAUAAAAGGAAAUGACGAAACAACAUUUAAUUUGAUUAAGAUUGAUUUAGAUGAGGAAUCGUUUAUGGAAGGAUUGUAAAAGAAAUUUGAGUAAGAAGAUUGUUCAAUAAAAGAGUUACCAAGAGUUUUGUAAUUUGAAAUUACACGGAAAUAAAAUUUGGUAUUAAUGCCAACAAUAUAUUUGGAUUAAUUUAUGUAUUCUAACAAAGGAACAAUUAAACAACAUUAAUCUGAUAUCAAAGAAUUAACAAUGAAGAGAGAAGAAAUUGCUCAAAAAAUUAAAAAUAUUGAAAAUUAUUAACAAACCUCAUAAAGUAUUCCUUCGAUCUUGCAAAUGACGAUUGACAUUAUAUAAGAGUAAAGAGCAGAAUUGAUUGAUGGAGAUCCAGCAAUAGUGGGAUUUAUAUCCUUGAUCAUGGAAGCAAAUUAGGAAUUAGAAAAAUUAAAAGAAGAGCUUCACAAAAUGGAUUAACAAAUUAAAUAAAUAAUGGGUAGUUUCAAUAAGGUAGAAUAUAACUUACAUGCUGUUAUUGUUUAUGAUGGCGAUUAUGAAUGCGUGUACAUCAAAAACAAUGAGCAAUGCUUUUUUUUUGAAGAUGGAUUUGCAGAAGUGAGAAAGAAAUUUGAAAUAGAAAUGCAAUAUUCUCCAGACACUGUCGUAUAUUUGGUUUAUCAAGACAAGAAUCUCAAAAGUGAUUAUAGUUUUACAGGGGGUUAGGGAAAUCUUUUGGAUAUGGAUGAUAGGAAACCUUAUGAAUCCUUAAUUAGAAAAGACCUCUAGUAAUAUGCUGUUCAAUUCAAUCAAAAAGUUGAUCAGGAAUUGCUAUUCUUAAAAUAAUAAUAAUAGGCAGAAGAAGUAUUCUAAUAAUAUCUGACAAGAUUGAAUAUUGUGAUUCAAUUGGUUCAGCAAAAAAAUACUAUUUAAGUGCCACAUCUGAAUAAUUUCGCUACUUUCCUCUGCUUUACUUAGAAAAAAAUUGAUGAUUAUGUUAAAUGGUAAAUAUUGGAUUGUAGCAUAAGAGAUGUUACAGGUUAAUCAAUCUAAGAUAUUAAGAAUAUGAAUGCCUUUGCUUAAAAGUUAAGUGUGUUACUUUAAAAUCAACCAUAAAAGGCUCCCACUUAAUUAACAGUCAAUAAGAAAGAUAUGCAGUACAUGCAAAUCAGAUUGACAGAUUAUGUUUAAUAUGAGUAACUUACUAAAGUAUUAACCUAUUCUUUAGAAUGCAUUCUUUAAGAGAAGAAUUUAUUAGCUCUUAAUUCUAUUCGAUUAAUUUAUGAUAGUUGUUAAAAUAAUAUUAUUGCACAUCUCAAUUAAGAAAUUUUAAAGGCUUUAAUGGUUCAUUUGGCUAUUUUGACAUUUAAAUUUCAUUAGUAAUCAAAUUAUUGCUAAUUUUGGGAUCAUAUUUAGUGGAUUAUGGCUUAUUGGCCAUAUAUUAACCAAUAAGACUUGGUUCAUUAAUAAAUUUUUAUCAUUAUAAAAGACUUGAAGAAGAGGGCUAACAAGAAAGCCUUGAACUCUGAUUAAUAAAAGAUUAUCAAGAAGUUCAUCACAUCUGUAGAGGAUAAAAAACCAACAGAUGUGGGAUACAAUUUUUUAUUAAGAUAGGAUCCGGUCUUAGAAGCCAUUGCUGUGAUUGAUUGGAAUCAGGAUCAUUAUUAUUGGUUACCAGACAAAUCAGAAGAUAUAUCAUAACAAUUGUUGACAAACACUGCAUUAAUCUAAUAGUUUCUUUAACUUGAAUUUUAAUUUGUUAAAAACAUUGUGUCAUAACAAUAAACUUUUACUUAUGACGAAAGGAUUAAAAUGAUGCUACACAAUUAAUUAUGA